AUGGACGCUAGCGAACCGUCUAGCGAGUCUCCCAAGGCUACAUCCCCCAGAAGCAUGGCGACGGUUUCUGCCCCUAUCGUUAAGACAGCCGUUCCGCCAGUUACACUGACGUCGCCGCCAACUCCCAGCCAGCAGUUUCUCAUCGCCGGCAAGGUUCAGGAGGCCAUCCGUCAAAUGCUUUCCGUGCACCAGGGUCAGACCGUCACCAUUCCGUCCAAUCCCACCCCGUCGACCGUUUCAGGCAGCAGGUCGCACCCAAUCAGCCCUGUGCGAAGCUGCGCGCCGUUUUCGGAGCGGAGCAAGCCGCAGCAGCACCAGAUGGCAGUCGGUCGCAGCGCCAGCAGCGGCGGAGGACUCUCCGCUGCAGGCGCUCGGGGUAACAGCAGUGGACCGAACGCGAGUGGCGGUGGAAGCAACGCGAGUGGCGGGCAGAACGCGAGUGAGGGGAGGAACGCUCAACCUGCGCCGUAUCGCGGCGUUCGGUACCGGCCGUGGGGUCGGUGGGCGGCGGAGAUCCGCGACGCUGGCGGGCGCGGGCGAGUGUGGCUGGGGACGUUCGACACUCCCGAGGAGGCGGCUCGCGCGUACGACGAGGCUGCGCGGGAGAUCCGUGGACCAAAGGCGCAGCUGAAUUUUCCCAAGGAGCCUCGGCUCUCCGCCCCGCUUUCCGCGUCCAAUCAACAGACCCACUCGCCAAGCCCCGCGCCCUCUGUCCCCGCACUCCCCGUCUCCCCCGCCCCAGUCCCGUCCGUCCCCGCAAUCACUAUCACUACAACAGCGCCCGCUGCUACCCCGACUCCGGCUGCUUCACACUUUCCGCUUGGUGCAGCGCCCGCCGCCGCUCUUGCGCGCACGCCGGUAUCGAAAUCCGCGCAGAAGCCCAAACCCCUGCUGCACCUUCCCUUCCUCAUCCAGCAAUUGCCCCAACCGCUUCAUGAUACCUCGAGACCUCGUACCGUCACAGCCCCUCAGCUCCCCUCCGCGCCUUCCGCCUGCGCGCCCUCCCCCUGUACUCCUUCUCCCGUCCCCAUCACGCGGAAGCGUUCCGCGAUGGAUACGGUCCGCGAAGCCGCCGAGGCGACGCCUGACCUGCGCGAGCUGCGCGAUGUGCGCGACAACUCCUUUGCGCCCGCCGCUACCGCUACAGCUACCGGUACAGCUAUGGGUGCGGGUGCGGGUGCCGCAAUGCAGCCAAUCCAGACGGCGGGUAGCGGCGUUCAUCCGUCUGUCUCGAACGCGUCGUGGUCAUCCGAGCCUAUUCUCGCGCGGAACAGGACGACGAUGCGAGCCGCGUCCGACGGCAAUGGCGCCUUCGGCUCCGUCGCUGGUGACUGGCGAGAUGCGGAUUCCAUGGCUGCUGACGUGGACGAGGAUGAUUGGAUGGCGCAGGCGGGAGGAGAUCCGUUUGGAUUUGGCGUGUUUGGACCCGUGGGAAAGAAGGCCAAGUCGGAAGGGCAUCGGCCGUGGGGGAUGGGCGCGGGGAAAGGCGCGGAAGGGGAAUACAGUGUGGUGACGUGGCCUGCCGUGUGCGAGGUCGAUGGGGAAGAGGCUGGAUGCGGUGGAGAUGGGCGCACAGGGGUACAGCGAGCAAGAGCAGGGGCGGAGAGAGGUGAUAAUGGUCCUAAGAAGAGCUGGUGGGAGGAGGCUCUGAUGAUGGACGACAUUCCGGAAAAAGCGGCGGACGCAACGGCCCUCACGCUUCGAGAGCAAAGCGCUGGUAGGAGCGAUAUCAAGCCGGCUGCUGGUGGAAGCAGGCAGGAGGGUCUGGCGGAACGAGCUGCAGCUACUGCGGGUAGCACAGACGCAGCCGUCAGUGUGAUUAAGAAAAAUAGCGACGCUCAAACGGGCUCUGGACGCAGUGUUGACUGUAUCAUGCGUGACAACAGCGGGGGGGAGGAAGCUGCUUCUCCAGUGGCGACUAAGAACAGACCUACUGAGUUUCAAACUGAGGUAGCAGAGCCAAGGUCUGCAGCCAUUGCGACGUCAGCUGAAGCUGACGUGGAUUGGUCAGCAGCUGAGUUGGAAGAGCUCACCCCAGCAUGCUUCGGCCUGGAUGCGUCCGUGGAAGCGCCUCUAACGGUAGCAGAGCCGCCUUUCGCGGUAGCAGCGGACAUGCCAGCGACGACAGCAACAACUGAGGAUUUCUUCAUGGCAGCAGAUUUUGCAAUCGACGCGCAGCAGGCGAGCGUCGAGCGCCAGGUGCUGCGCCUCGACGACGAGAAGGCGCUGCUCGAGGCGGAGCGCGACCUGCUGCGCCGCGAGCACCUGCUGCUGCGCGCCGACGAGGAGGCGCUCGAGCGCGUCGAGGCGGAGCUCCGCGCGGAGAAGCUUGCGCUCGAGGCGGACCGCGACCGCCUCAUGGCGCAAGGGCAGUACCUCGCGGCUGCUGCCGCCGCCGCCGCGGCGGAAGCGAUGGGGGGAGCAAGAAGGGGAGCGGAAGCGAGCCCGGCGGGGGAGGUCUUGGCGGAAGCGGAAGACGAGAUUGCGCGGGGGUGCUCUUCGAGCGGGGAAGGAAGCGGCGGCUCAGGGUCGGGGGAGGGGAGGGGGAAGAGGGGGGAUUGCGCGGGGUGCGGGGAGUGCCUGUGCGCGGUAGAGGUGGUGGAGGCGGAAGGGCAGCUGGAGGCUUCCGCGUGUGUGGCGGGGACGCGGUGGAAGGGCUCCGCUGCCGCUUGGGGAGGCUUGCGCGGAGAGCAUCUCCGCGCCACGGGGGCUUGUCCGCGCGCCCUUGCUGCGCACAAGAGCGGCUCUGUUUCCGCGCGAGAGAGCUGCGCGCCUGCUGCUUCCUGCGCGCCCUCCGCUUCUGAUGCGCCUCUAGAUGAAGCACCAGGUGCGCCCCCGCGCAGCACCCCACUCGCAGCAACAAAAGGAGACGAAUUUGUUGGCGGGAAAUGGCGGCUGAAAUUCGAAGCGGCCGCAGCCAGAGCUGCUGACACGGCUGGCCUGGCUGAAAGCCUGCUGUUUGACAGGUCAGCACGGCCGGCUGCUGACGUGGCUGGCCCAAGUGGAAGCCUGCUGUUUGACAGGUCAGCACGACCGGUGACGGCAGAAUCAAGCCGGUCAGCGGAGGAGAGGUGGUCAAAGACGAGUGGUGCGGUUGGAGCAGCUGAAGAUGAAUCCAGGGGCAGCGGUGCAGAGGCUGUGGGGGCGUGUGGGCGUGCAGAGGUGCCAAGUGGGGCAGAGGGCGAGGUAACUAGUGGGACCGGUGCAGAUGCAGGCGAGCGGCAGGAAGAGGAAAAGCAGCAGGUGCUUUCUCAGCGGCAGGAGCAUGAGGAACAGGAACAGGCGGUGCAGCAGUAUCAGGAGCAGCAGGAGCAGCAGGAGCAGCAGGAGCAGCAGGAACAGCAGGAACAGCAGGAACAGCAGGAACAGCAGGAACAGCAGGAACAGCAGGAACAGCAGGAACAGCAGGAACAGCAGGAACAGCAGGAACAGCAGGAACAGCAGGAACAGCAGGAACAGCAGGAACAGCAGGAACAGCAGGAACAGCAGGAACAGCAGGAACAGCAGGAACAGCAGGAACAGCAGGAACAGCAGGAACAGCAGGAACAGCAGGAACAGCAGGAACAGCAGGAACAGCAGCAGCAGCCGGGUCAUCCUCAGCAGGAGGAGCAGCAUAGGCAGGCGCAGGAGCAGCGGCAAGAGCGGCCCCAGCCAGCGCCAGAGGCCCUGGCAUCGCAACUAGGCCAGCUGGUGCAGCGGGAGCAGGCGGAGACGCUUACUCAGCAGCAGCAGGAGGCUCAUCCUCCGCCCCAGCCGGCGCCAGAGGCGUUGGCAUCGCAGCUAGGGCGGCUGGUGCAGCGGGAGCAGGUGGUGGUGGCGCUGAUUCAGAAGGCCAUCGCGCAGCACAAGGUGGUGCUGGCGCGCUGCGACAUGGCCUCCGUGCGCUACGAAACGCUCAUCGUGAGGCGGGAUGCGGUUACCGCGCAAUACAACCUGGUGUUACGGCUGAAGAAGCAGAUGAUCGAGGAUAUGAAGCAGUUCAAGGCGGAGCGGGAGAGGACGGAUGACUGGCGCGUGGGGGGGGAGGCAUGUGGGGAGGGCGGCAGUGGUGGAGAUGUUUGA